AAGAAGCAGCACACAGGAUGUCUGGAAAGACAAAAACAUCAAGGAGACGAUCCAAGGACAGUUCUUAAGGCUGCAGCGUCCACAUCGGAGCCUCAGCAAACACAAACCAACAGAGAUCUUGGUCUGGUUGGACAAGAAGAGGUUCUGCUGAGCUUCAGCAAGCAGAAACAAGAGACUAUGGAACUGAAAGAUGAAGAAAAGGAAGUCAAGAUCAACCCCACUGCUGAAACUGUGAAAACUGAAGAUGACGAAAAGAAACUUGAGUCUUCACUGCUCAAUCAAGUCAAAAUUGAAGAAGAUGUGAAGGCAGAACCUUCAACCAACAGCUCUGCUCAGCAGAUAAAAACAGAAACAGGAGAUCACAGUGGAGGACUGGAUCCAGACAAUAACCCUGAUCCAAAUAAUAACUUAAAACUAAAUUCAAAUGAAAAUGAUUCACCAUCUUCAGAGACUGAUGCAAGCAGCAACGAUUACUGGCAAAAAUCUGCCGGUUCUGGAUCCGAAACAGAAAGCAGUGCUUGGAAGCAGACCAUUAUGCUUGAGCCAGGUGGUAAGAAAAAUGUAGCCUGUAAAACUGCUGCAAUAUCCUUCAGCUGCUCCGAGUGCGGUAAACAGUAUCGCCACAAGUGGUCCCUGAAGAAGCACCUGGGGGUCCACUCCGGGGAAAGGCGUUUUCUCUGUAAAAAUUGCAGUGAAACUUUUAGCGAAUAUGUGCAACUGAGGACACAUAUGAAAAUACAUGCAGAUGAGAAACCUUUCCUCUGUGAUAUUUGUGGUAAAGGUUUUCGCAGAAUGGGCGACCACAAAGCACAUCUCAGAGUUCAUGCUGAAGAAAAGCCACUUACCUGUAGCAAAUGUGGAAAAGGAUUUUAUUAUCAGAUGAACCUUAACAAACACAUGAAGGUCCACAGAGACAAACCUUUCAGCUGUGAUCUGUGUGGUAAAACAUUUAAUGUUAAAUCACGUCUUAGGAUGCACAUGCAAAACCACACUAAAGACAAACCAUUUAGCUGUGGGGAUUGUGGGAAAAGUUUUAAUUUUAAGUCACUCCUAAAGACUCAUAUGAUCACCCAUUCUGUAGAGAAACCUUUUAGUUGUGAUGUUUGUGGUAAAAGCUUUCGUGCAGAAGAGCAUCGUGAGACACACAUGAGAAUCCACACUGGAGAGAAACUUUUUGACUGCAGUUCUUGUGGUAAAAAAUUUCUCCGCAGCGCAAAUCUUAAGACGCACAUAAGAAUCCACACAGGAGAGAAACCGUUUAUUUGUGAUUUCUGUGGCAAGAGUUUUAGUUCUCAAGGGAGUCUUGUGAAUCAUAUGGUGGUCCAUGCAGCUGAAAAACCUUUUGCUUGUGAUGUUUGUGGGAAAACAUUUCGCAGAGCAGUAGAGCUUAAAAUACACACAAGAGUGCAUACGGGCGAGAAGCCGUUUGGAUGCGAUAUCUGUGGAAAACAGUUCAGUCAAAGCUCACACGCUAAGAUACACAUAAGAAUGCACACCGGAGAGAAAUCAUGUGCUUGUCACGUUUGUGGUAAAGCUUUUUGCGACCGAGGGUCUCUUUCACAGCACAUGAGAGUCCACACGGGAGAAAAACGAUUUGCCUGUAAUGUCUGUGAGAUGCAUUUUAACCGUAAGUAUAAGCUAACAACUCACAUGAAAACACAUGUAGAAAUUCAGUCUGAUGCAGGAAAACUUAAACAAAGUGGCUCGUGAUGACAAACUUCAGUUUGUGUCAUUUUGUAGCUGCCUGAAUGUGGAUUUUUUUGUUUUUUAAUUUGGCUUCCAUUAUGUUAAGUUUAAAAUUUUUGUAAAUUAUCAUGCCUUCAGGGUAUUUUCAAUAAAUAAAUUUUUCAGAUGGACAAAAACCUACUUCACUUAGUAAGUUUUGCCUCAAUGCCUCAAGGCAUUGCCUCAAUGCUGUUCUCAAAUAUUGGACACCACAUUGGAAAAUGUACAUCACCUGUACAUUUAAAACUAGAACAGCCAAGACUUCCAAUAAUAUUUAAUUCUAUAGUCUUCUGCAUGCUGUUUGAGUAGGAAUAAUGUUUUUUGGAUGCUUUCAACAGUGAAAUCAAAGGUGUGUAAGAUUAGACCUUUUAUGAUGUUCAGGUCGGAGACUGAGGCAUUUACAGACAGACUGGCAGAUGUUCAUAUUUUCAUUGGGAGGAAGUUUACAUAGUUGGAAUUUGAAAAUCAGUGGGGAAAAUUAGGAUUGAGUGCUUUGGAGAUAAAGUUGGCAGUGAAAGGCCGAGAUGUCUUGGACAUGUGAAGAGGUGGGACAGUGGAUAUAUUGCACAAAUGAUGUGAAAGAUGAAAACAGUGAGUAUGUAAAGGGUUUCAUAAAUUAUCUUGAAGUCUGAAAAAGUAUGAAUUUACUCAUCAUUUUCCAGAUCAGGAUAAAUAUGAAAGGAACUGGAGAAUGGAAAAAUGUUUGAGUUUUCAGGCUUCAACUCUUGUUCGGUUAUACUUCAUUUCUAAAGUGUGACACUUGGUGAUUUAAAAUGAAUUUAUAUCCAUUUUGUUGAAAUUGAAAUUUAAUCUCAGCACUAAUCUAACAGUUCACAUGAGAAUCCACUCUGGAGAGAGACCAUUUGUUUGUGAGGAGUGUGGGAAAAGUUUUAGGGCACAAGGAAGUCUGAGUCACCACAUGAUAGUUCACACUGUGCUUCCUAAAAAACCUUUUAGUUGUGAUGUUUGCAGAAAAACAUUUCGUAGAACAGCAGAGCUCAAUACACAAGAGAGUCCACACAGGGGAAAGGCCAUUUGGGUGUGACGUUUGUGGAAAACGGUUUUGUCAAAACUAGACACUUAACAUGCACAGGAAAAUCCAUAAAGGAGAGACGUCUUGCAUUUGUCAUGUUUGUGGUAAAGUGUGUCGGGAGUGAGGUUCUCUUUCAAGACAUCUUAGAGUCCAUACAGGAGAAAAACCCUUCAGCUGCAGCAUGUGCAACAAAAGUUUUAAAGAAAAAGGUAAACUAACGACUCACAUGAAAAUUCAAGCAGGAAAGCAACCUGACCAGAGAGAAACUAUCUAGACUGCUCUGUAACAACAAGGUUUAGAUUUUUUGGUUAUUAAAUUGCCUUGUCAAGCUUGACCAUAAAAGAUGCCAAAAAUUGGAGCACUGGAUUGCAAGCCCGAUAGUGUACAUUCUUACUUUUAAGACUGUUUCAAUCAGAAAUUUAAAUGUGAAAAACCAGAACAAAAAAAUUAUUGUAAAAAUUUGUGAAUGAAAAAAAAAAAACUGGUUUAGAACAUGAAAGUCUUUUGAAAUAAAGCUGUGUUGUUUUUGCUGGGGGAACUGAAAAAUAAUUUAAUCUUGCUCAAAAACUGGUGUUAGCAGAAGAUGAUAAUUUUUUGAGUAAGACAACUUAUGUGGACCAUACUGUUCCUUAAGCGUGUACUUAAACUAAAAAGCAAAUGGAUUACAAAUUGCUCUAGAAAAUUUUUGUGAUUCAGUUUCAGCAACAUGUGAAAUACACUCAUUGUGCAGCAUUCCCAGUUUAUUAACAAAAUGUGCAGUUGGGAAUCUCACUAUUCGGCAACACCUAUAAGGUGUCGAAUUGGGCUGCAUGUUAUUUGUUUUAAAUUUAAAUUGGAUUGUUGAUUAUUCUGAAUUAAAUGAACAGGAAUAAAUUGAAUGCAUUUAAAAUGCAUUUUGUUUCUGAAAACAAGCAACAGCUUUCUGUGAAUUUAAAGAGAAAUAACUAAAAUCAGAGGAUCUGCGGCACUUGUUUAAAAUAAUGCCCAAUAAACAUGUAGCAGCAAAGCGCAGUUGGUAGCACUGUUGCUUUGCAGCAAGAUGGUUCUGGGUUUGAAUCCCGAGCCAGGGUCUUUCUGCAUGUUCCCCUUGUGCAUGUGUGGGUUCUCGCCGGGUACUCCGGCUUCCCCCCACAGUACAAAAUUCUACAAUUAUAAUUGGAGACUUAAAUCUGUUUUCUUUAUCAAGGUCCCAUGUCUCCUGUGUGAUAAGAAAAGUGCUGGAUCACUGUUAUGGUUUCAUUAAAGGAGUCUGAAAAUGUUG